AUGACCCACGGCCCGGAUAGAGACAUUCAUGGGAGGACCGCACAGCACGCAUCCGUCCGACGAGAACGGUCGCGUGUAGUAUCUCAGGUCAUUGAUGGAGCAGUUGUUCCACCUGAUUCACCUACGGCAUCUCAUACACCCGUCUCAACCAUACCUUCUCCAUCACCCGCUUCAGUCGGGCCUGCUCCUUCACCCUUCGGGCCUUCACCAUCUCCUGCCCCCUAUACUACUGCACCACGGAGGCCUCGGGACGAUCCUGAGGGUUCCUCACAGAUGCCACCACCCCGCAGACGUCGUCGUGGCACUACUUCUACUUCUACUUCUGAUGCAGGAUCUGAUGUGCCACCUACGCAUGGCCACGCGGAUGAGCCGGUGUCGGAGCUAUUUGGUACCCUGGGGGUCCUGUAG